AAGUACGAAGUCCCUCAGUGUCGUAAUAAUUCAUUCAAUGUCUAUAAAGAAAACUAGAGUAAUUUAUUUUUUUUAAAAGUUCUUAAGGCUUCAUUAUAUACAUUAAGUCUCUGGACCGAUUAGAUAAUAAAUCUAACGGCUUAUGGUAGUUUGUGUGCUCAAUUAUAUUUUUGAAAUAUUUUCUUAAAUUUUUCGUGUAUGAAAAUAAAUAGCGGCGUGUCUGCGUUAUGAAAGUAGCGGCGUGCUAGUAUUUUAUUUGGUGGAGAGUAUUAGAAGUAAAAUAAUUAAAGAGAGAUUUUGUUAUUGUAAUAUUCUGGCGGGCGAUGUAAUCAUGUCCCGUAAGAGAUCGCGUAUUGGUAGUGAAGAAGACAUGGACUCGAAGUUGUUGGAGGGUGGCAGUGGUGAAGGACGCACCGCCAGUAUCACCAGUUUCUCAAGCACCACCAGUCAAAUACUUUGUGAAUCUGGUCAGUCACUGCGGCUAGCGGCGCCGUUCAGCACAGACCCGGCGGCGAUGGCCGAGCGGGACCGGUGUCACUACGGGCGGAUACCGCGCGCGGUCGCGCUGGCGGGCACGGCGUCGCGCAGGGUGCGCGUCUACUCCGACGGCAUCUACGACAUGUUCCACCAGGGGCACGCGCGGCAGCUGCAGCAGGCCAAGACAGUGUUCCCAAACGUUUAUCUUAUUGUAGGAGUAUGCAAUGACAUAUUGACGCACAGCCGGAAAGGUCGCACAGUUAUGACGGAAGACGAGAGGUACGAAGCCGUCCGACAUUGCAGAUACGUUGACGAGGUGGUGAGAGACGCGCCAUGGGAGUAUGACGAGGAGUUUCUAGAAAAGCACAAGAUAGACUUCAUAGCGCACGACGACAUCCCCUACACGACGGAGGACUGCGAGGACAUAUACGCCAUGAUUAAGGCGAAGGACAUGUUCGUCGCCACGGAGAGGACAGAAGGUGUAUCAACGUCAGACAUUGUUGCGCGGAUAGUGCGCGAUUACGACAUAUACGUGAGGCGAAACCUCGCGCGCGGAUACUCCGCCAAGGAGCUCAACGUGUCCUUCCUCAACGAGAAGAAAUUCCGCUUACAGAAUAAAAUGGAUGAGCUUAAAGACAAAGGCAAGAAGGUAAUGACGAAUAUAGGAGAAAAGAAAGUAGAUAUACUAACGAAAUGGGAAGAGAAGUCUCGGGAGUUGAUUGACGCAUUCCUGCUGCUGUUCGGUCCGGACGGGCGGCUGUCGAGCAUCUGGAACGAGUCGAAGGGCCGCCUCAUGCAGGCGCUCAGCCAGCCGCCCUCGCCCCGCGGCUCGCCGCCGCCCAGCGAGAACGGAGACUCCCACUCACCCACGCACAGAGAAUCAUCAUCACCACCACCUCCAAAGUCCCGUCGCUACGAACCAUUAUGGGAGCCUGAAGCAGGUAACUGGAUGCAUCGGGCUCUGACUGUGUGGAGUCGCCGCAAGCGGGCGCGCCGCGUCAGCUGACGGACCUGACGGACGACGGGUCGGACAGCGACGAGGAGUACCAGGACACCAGCCCCUACCUCUAGGCGCGCCCGAGACGUCGAGCCAGAGUUCACAACGUUCCACUAUCCAUGAAACUUCUGCUUAAGAGCUUCUCUCUGUGUAUGAUAAAUUAUUUGUAUGUAGAUGUGACACUAAAUCCGGUGUAAGUGUGCCUGAGUACGACCGAGCGAAUGUAUUUAAUCCUAUUAGUUUGUUUAUAUUUAUUAUUUGUAAGGAAAUUAUUUUUGUCUUGGUUCGACCGAGUGCAUCGUCCACGUUUGUAGCACCAAAUACCAUUGUGUAAAAUACAAGGUGCAAAUAUGAAUAGACAGAGAAAACUGUUGCUAGUUAUUAUUUAUAUGAUACUUUUUGACGGUCGAUUAAAAAGGUGCUUAUUAUAAUAACAUAUUUUUCUUCUCAUUUACCAACAUUGUGUUAAUGGCUGGUAAUUAAAAUCUCAAUGAAGUUCGCUUAAAGCGUAAAAAUGAAAAUAUUGUUAUUACAAAAGACAACAAUAAAUUGAAUUUACAAGUA